AAGCAACAUUUUUGUUAAAGCAGAAAAAUCAUUUGGUAAAUGUUGGUGAGGCCCAGCAUUUUCGGUGGACUUUGGAGUCACUUCAGAACAGUAGAUAACAGCAGGGUUAGCAGGGCUUCUCUCAACCAACCCUAAAGAUGUCAGUUUUCCGGCCAGGACUUUUCAAAGGGAAGGUGGCACUGGUGACUGGUGGUGCCACUGGUAUUGGAAGAGCCAUUACUGAGGAACUACUUUCUUUAGGUUGUAAGGUUAUGAUUGCAUCAAGGAAAGAGGACAGACUAAGAGAAGCUCAGAAGGAGAUGGAUCCUAAAGGAGAUGUUUUACUUACAAAAGUUUGCAACAUUAGAAAGGAAGAUCAAGUCAAAAACCUGAUCUCCUCUACAAUAAAGGAACUGGGCAGAAUAGAUUACCUUGUGAAUAAUGGUGGUGGACAGUUCCCCUCCCCAGUGUCCAACAUGAGCCUCAAAGGAUGGAAUGCUGUCAUAGAAACUAAUCUAACGGGAACAUUUCUUAUGUGUAGGGAAACAUAUGAGCAGUGGAUGAGUGACCAUGGUGGCGUGAUAGUAAACAUCAUUGCUGACAUGUUCCGAGGGUUUCCAAUGAUGGCACACACUGGAGCUGCUCGUUCUGCUGUUGAUAACUUGACCAAGAGCUUAGCUGUUGAGUGGGCACAGAAUGGUGUGCGUAUAAAUUCUGUAGCUCCAGGAAGCUCCAUCUACUCACCCACAGCAGCAAGGAACUACAAUGAAGAUAAUAUUUUUGAAAGGGCCCGUGCUGGUAUUCCUACAAAGCGUCUUGGCACAACACAAGAAAUUGCAAGUGCUGUGUGCUUCCUGCUGUCACCAGGUGCUGCUUUCAUAUCAGGUGAAACUUUGAAGGUGGAUGGAGGGGGCAGUCUUUAUUCACCCCUCAUGUGGCAAAUUUCAGAGCACAAGAACUUACCAGCUUAUCAGUGGACUUACAAAUCUCCUGACGAAGAACAAGAAAAUGAUUCUCCUACCAAAGCCAAGCUGUAGAAAUGAUGAUUUUGAAGCAACAGCUAUACAUGUUCCUCUGGAAAACCAUGUACAGAUCUUCAGUGUCUUCUUUUGGAAAAAAUUAAUAUUUUCUUUUUUUUUGAGAAAUAUCAACUAAUAGUAUUGUUUCAGAUAAUUUACUUACAGUACAUACGGACUAAGAAUAUUUUCAGAAUAAAUAUAUGCAAUUACUUGU